CUUGCGUGACGCGCAGGGUCUGGGUGGGAGCUGUCCACUCGCCCGGGGUGCUGAAUGCAGCAGCGGCGGCGGCGGCGGAGGCGGCGGCAGAGAUAGCUGAGAGCCUUCUCCGCUCCAAGAACCUUGUUUCCAGACCUCGGACGGUCAACUCACAGCCCGCCACCUCCCUUCCAGCACCACCCCUUUGGGAACUGAGCCAGGGGGGCAGCAGUCGCGGCGGCGGGUGCUGAGCAACGGUGGAAGACAACACCUGGCAGAAGCCUGGAAUCUGAUUUGCUUCCUCUCGCCUUUUUAAGAGAUAUACUUAUACACGGUUUUGGGGAGUCUCAAGGACCAAGCCGGAGCCAAGUCCUGGCUGCCUCCCACCUCGGCCACGCUGCUUCGUUUCCCCCUCCCACCCUCAACUGGCAUCGCAAACAAGCCUUACCUCGUUUCAUCUACGAGGAGAGGUAGCAACAGCGAGCCCAGCCAGCCAGAGGCAGCAGAGAGGAGGGAGGGGCGGGGCGGGGGGGGCGCAAAGAACCGACGAGGCCGCCCUUGGUGGGGGUAGCGGGGGCAAAGCUGCCCUGAAGACCUGGCAGCAGCCCUCCUCCGCCCCUUCCCCUCCAGAAGCACUCUUUCCUUGUUAUUUGAGAACAGAAUUAUUCUUAUUCCACUAGUAUUGUUUCAUUUUUUGUUACCCCCCACUCCUCACUCCUCAGCCGCCCCCACCCCUACGCUUGCCUAGCCUCUGGUUGCAUGGCAGCGCUGCCCGGGCGCGGGGGCUCAAGGCCAGCCCCCCGGGAAGGAGGAGGAGGAGGAGGAGGAUCAUGAGGUCGGGAGUCUCCAUUGCGCCGGACGGCGAGCAGCAGCCAGAGGACGAGCCGGAGCAGCCCCCGCCCCGGAGACACUCGGACGCCGACAAGCAGUCGCCACCGCCGCCACAGCAGCAUCGGUGCCCACUGGCAGACCCAGAGCAAGAGGAGGAGGGCGACAGCGGCCCAGAAGAGGAACAAGGGGAAAAGACGAGGCCACUCACCCACCCGGACCUGCCCUUCUUCCGGCCCUUUCCCCUCGCCCAAAGGGACAUUUGAUGGAGCCAAGGGAAGGGGGCCGAGGCUUUACAGACAGCCGCAGGGGUGGACUGGGGGCUGAUAUCAUGUAACUACUUCUUCCUCUAGUCCCCUCCCACACGCCCCUUUUCUCUACCCCUUCUCUCUGCUCCACUGCCUCCCACCCAGCAAACACACACCCUUCCUCUAGCCAGAAUUUUAAUGCUCAGGAAGGAGGUGGCUCUGCAAGGGUUAAACGAUCUUUUCUGUUUUUCCCUUUCCCCUGUCCUUAGUUCCUGAUUUUCCCACCUCUGUUCUCCUAAUUGGCUUUUCCCUCUUCUGUGCAGCCGUUUGGCUGCAGAGGCAAAGCACAAACCCCUUGCCCAAUUUCACCUGAAACCCUUCCCCUCACCCACUGCUCUCUUAAAAGCAACUCUGGUGCUCCUGGGGGUUAAUUGCCCCAGUUUUCUGCCCUGGAGAAUUAAACUUCUCCCAUCCUCCUCUCCCCCCCCCCCCCAGCUCUCCCCCACCAAAAAAACUAACCUCCUCCUACCUGAGGAAAACUAAGGAAAACUAUCUUUUCUCUUUAGCACAGACAGCCCUCAAUUCUUCACUGAGCUACUUUGCCCUAAGCCCAGCUCAGUCCACUCCAAAUUUUAUUUAUAACCUUCCCCACCUUUUUAUAUAAAAGGAAGAUUUUUCCCAUUGCCUAGGAAUUUGAGGAAAACCCAAUAAGCAUCUCUUGUGGAACUUUUAAGCAGUUAGACCUUGAUCCCAAUUCCCUAACAGCACAUCCGCAAUAUUUUUUCUAUCUCCCUGCCCCUAUCUGUGCCCCCAGGUCAAACCCCAAAAAGAGAUACCCUGAACAAAUCUUAAGAUUGGGGUAGAUUUGGGGGAUAGUCAAGAAAAUCCUUUUGUUGUUGGGCUUUCCACAUAGAAUUCAGAAUCAGUGAAUCACAGUGCUCAGUCCUGAGGGCAAUUUAUUUGCUACUUAGAGGAGAUAUAAGUGGAGCCAGUGAAAACGAAGACUCCCCCCAUAACACAGAUACACUGUGGACCCCCACCCCCACCAUCCUAUCCUUCUCUACAAAGACUCCACCUGCCCCUACAGGGCUCUCUGCUUCCACUGGGCACAUGCUGAUACCCCUGAGUGGGCUGCUCUGGUGGUGGUGCUGCUGCUGCUGCUGUGCCUGGUACCACUGUGGAUUGUGUGCCCCAGCUCCCCAGAUGUUGCGCCACCAGGGUCUCCUCAAGUGCCGCUGCCGCAUGCUCUUCAAUGACCUGAAGGUUUUCCUCCUGCGGCGCCCACCUCCAGCGCCCCUGCCCAUGCACGGAGAACCCCAGCCCCCUGGUUUGGCGGCCAACAACAACACCCUUCCGGCUCUGGGUGCCGGGGGGUGGGCAGGCUGGAGGGGCCCUCGAGAAAGGAUGGGCAGGGAGACCCCUCCUCUGCCACCUCCACCACCUUUGCCACCUUCUGUGGAAGAUGACUGGGGUGGCCCAGCUACAGAGCCACCUGCCUCACUGCUCAGCAGUGCCUCCUCAGAUGACUUCUGUAAGGCAAAGACUGAGGAUCGCUACUCACUGGGUAGCAGCCUGGACAGUGGCAUGAGGACCCCGCUCUGCCGCAUCUGCUUUCAGGGGCCAGAACAGGGGGAGCUGCUGAGCCCUUGCCGCUGCGACGGCUCGGUCAAGUGCACACACCAGCCUUGCCUCAUCAAGUGGAUCAGCGAGCGGGGCUGCUGGAGCUGCGAGCUGUGUUACUACAAGUACCACGUCAUCGCCAUCAGCACAAAGAACCCUCUACAGUGGCAGGCCAUCUCUCUGACAGUCAUUGAGAAGGUUCAGAUCGCAGCUGCCAUCCUGGGCUCCCUCUUCCUCAUCGCCAGUAUCUCCUGGCUCAUCUGGUCAACCUUCAGCCCCUCAGCAAAAUGGCAGCGCCAAGACCUCCUCUUUCAGAUCUGCUACGGAAUGUAUGGAUUCAUGGACGUGGUGUGCAUAGGUCUCAUCAUCCACGAGGGGCCCUCCGUGUACCGCAUCUUUAAACGGUGGCAGGCUGUCAACCAGCAGUGGAAAGUGCUGAACUAUGAUAAGACGAAAGACUUGGAGGAUCAAAAGGCAGGAGGAAGGACAAACCCCCGGACCUCCUCGUCCACCCAGGCCAACGCCCCCUCCUCAGAAGAGGAGGCUGUGGGCACCCCUGCCCCGGAGGAAGGCCCUGCUCGGGCGGCCAGCCACCCCUCAGGCCCUCUGUCCGAUCACCACUGUGCUUACACCAUCCUGCACAUCUUGAGUCACUUAAGACCUCAUGAACAGCGGACACCCCAGGGCGGCAGCAGAGAGCUGGUCAUGAGGGUCACUACUGUGUGAAAGGAGAGACCACGGAGGGAGACCGUGACCACGCACAUGCGCACAAGAAAAAGGAGAAGAUGGGCUAGGAAGGGCCCGCCCCGACAGGACGCCGUCUGGGGGUCAGGUGUGGGGAGGGGAAGAAGCACCCAGGGGCCAGGGCAGAGGGCAGGCAGAGGGCGGUGGGUUUCGAGGGGUCUUGGGGCAGGAUCGGAGCCGAAGUGAGUGAGACUGGUGCUGUGAAUGGUUUGGUGAUUUGCAGUCAGUCAGUACCAUUCUCCACCAAUACAAACUCAAGGACGAAGUGCAAUCCAGAUGGAGCCUAAUGAAACACAAGACAGAAGCUCUCAGAUGUGCCCAUGCGCAGAACACCUGGGAGGCUGGGGAGGACGCAGCUGUGUGUCUGAUGGUGGUGCCCAUAGGUGCACGUGUGGCGGGGGAAAAAAAUAGCAAUGGGCCUGGGAAGGAAAAGCACUUGUAGCCUGCCCUGAUUUACCCUUGAGUUUGCUUUGCUUUCCCCCUGGGCUGUGUUCCAGGGGCAACUGGGGGGAGGGAGAGGGCUGGACAUGGGCUGGCAGGGAUGCGAUACAUAGCAUUUGUGGCCCCUGGCUGGGCUUACCUGGGUGGGCAGCAUUCCUAACUCGAGGGACUCUGGGGUGAUGUAGGGAGGGAGAUGCUGGACUGAGUGGCCAGAGGGAGGGGCAUUUUUUCUCCCUUCCAAACCUUCCAAACUGGAACUCCCAAUUUCAGAUGGGCUCAAAGAGGGCUUAGGUUUGGAGAUGGGUGUCUUUUUGUGUCCUUGUUACUUUAUUUUAUGGUGAUCCGGCUCAGAGAUGUUUACAGGAAAAACACACAACUAGAGAAAAGUACAGAUUUCCCAUGGGUCUCAAGCACAGUCCUGCUGUUGUGGCUUCAGCCUUCAGAGCUGUCAACCCAGGAGUAAUUGUCCCAACCACCCAACCCCACCCAGGGCCAGCACAGGCUCCAUGCCAUGACCCCUCCUGGCUUAGCACGUGCUGAGAUCCAGGGUCCCCUAUGUCUGGGCAUCCCCUGCUCAGGGUCUCCCAGAAGAGCUGCUGCAGUGAAUGGGAGGGAGUUGUUCCCAAGGAGUGGAGUAGAGACCAAGUUAAGUGUCCCCUGUGGCUCGGGACCCUCCCCGAGGGCAGUUCGGCUAAUCCCUCUGUCCUCCAUGCCCACUGCUCCCUCGUGGGCAGCUAGGCAGGCCCGGGGGCCCUGGUGGGGAGCACUGUCCCUUGAGGCCACCUGCUGGUCCUCAGAUGCUGCCAGGGGAGGCCACUGGGUGGUCCCUUGUGGUUUCCUGUUGUCAUUGCACAAUGGCUGCGUCAUCCGUGGGUAUUAAAGGGACACUGUCAAGUACUUUUUUAAACUAGUUUUUAGGGUUUUUUAAAACUCUCUGUUGUUUGUAUUAUUCUCUUAAAAGCUUGAAAAUAAAAUUUCUUUCCCUA